GUGAAACGAAACAAUUUUGGAGUGGUUUUGUUAUUUGAAGUGCGAUAAAAGCGAAAAUGGAUGAGAUUCUGAACAUUCUGCAGGAAGAAGAUGUAAGAAUAUACGAAGUGUUCCGAAAAGAAGAAAUAACGGACUUGGACACCUUCUUAUCCCUGGACAACAAUGAUUUCACUAGACUACAGUUAACGACAAAAAUGAUAAAAAUAAUUCAAAAAGCGUCCACAAACGGAAAAAAAGUAAUGCUUGCAAAAUCAUUAAUUAAAACUUAUCCCAUUCUGGCCUCGAACGUUUCAGAUGUACCCUAUGCAGCGUGGUUUCAUAAAGGUGGACGAGGAGCAGGACGGCAUGCUGGUUCUAUUCAUUAUAGAAUGGAAACCCUUGCAAAAAGAUCCUGUAGUCGAGUGUUCUACCGAUCAAGACACGAUGAAGCGACUCCAUCUUCUUCAAAAAUAAUAACGAACGACGAAUGUGGAGAAAAUAUUGAUGAUUUGGUGUACGAGUUAGAAACUAUUGUUCCCUUGGAAAAUUCAAUGGAAAACAUAAAAUAUUUAUGGAAACAAACACUGGCUUACCGGCACGAAAAGCGUGACAGAGGGAUUUUUUCCCAAUUUAUGACCGACUGUUCUGCGGCUUCAGCCUUCGGAGGAGAAUUGAUAUCUUUAGAAUUCGAAUUGAUGAAUCCUACUGCUGCUAAAUUCGAAGACAUGUGGAAUGUAAUCCAACAGAAAAUAUUGGAAAAAUUUCGAAUAGAUUACAGGUACAUAAAAAAUGACCUGAUUCAGUCACUAUGUCUGGUACGAGAAAAAAAUACUAUAAGAGGAGCCAAGCGAACCCGCGAAGAAGACUAUAAAGAGAAUGAUGCGCGUACAUUAAAUCCACUUCACGGAAUAAUCGAUUGGAUUGAUAACUAGAACGUUCGAGACUUCAUUUCCGACACCUGAUGUCCCGCGCAUUAUAAUUGUUGCCAAAAUGUUUGAACUCGGCGAAUGCUACGUGGUGUGGAAAAACAGUACGAUUCAUGUAGGAAACAAUUUGAUUCGUGCAUUCAUCGUUCUUUGUCAAGCCUUUACAGUUUUCAAUGUAAAAUGCUAUGCGGCUGACAAACUUUUCUUUUCAUUGUUUCAUGCUUCAUGCUUCAAACUUGGAGCACUUAGUACAACUAGUAAUAAGUUUUUAAACCAGCUGUUUUAAAAUCAAGUUUUUAAAAGAAUUUAUUUACAUUCUCCUUAUUUGAAAAGCGCACCUGCUUUUGAAUAGCCAGGUGAAAAGCAAAAUUCUAGUGAUUAGAAUAAUAAUAUGAAUUCAUCUGAUAUAAUCAAUAUAAGAUUUUACUAUGAAAUAUUAGAACUUUCAUCGGAAAUAAUUAACCCACUUCAAAAAGGUAUAAUAGCGCUUUAUUCUUAUUGAACAUUCAAUCAAAUUAUUUAAACAAUUUGUUAUGCAAAUA